AUUCAAUGCUAUUAAGCUAAAUUGGGGUAAUUUUCUUAAACGUGGCAUUUUUAAGUCCCAUAUUGGGAUAGUUUAAAGGAUCAUUCUCAAAGGUUUUAUACAUAUUAAUAGGAGCUCUUGAAAUAUACAUCUAUCUUACAUGUAAACCAGUCAACUUUUAUGAGGAAUAUAAAGUAAUAUAGCCUAAAUUAUAUUAGAUUACAAGGAAAUUCGAUUAGAGUGAAUUAAGGUAGGCUUACAAGAGAAUAAUGCUUGAUUAUCAUCCUGAUCGUAAUACACAAAUAACAUCAGAAUAAUUUAAUUACUUGAAAAAUAUAAAUGAAAUACUAAAAUCAGAUGAGGCAAGAUAAUGUAUAAGUUAAUUGUAUUUUAGAAUAUGAUCAAUUUGGGGUUGUAGUAGAGAGCAAUAUUAAUCCAUUACCUGCAAUAACAUAUAGAAUAAAAUUAACAAGAUUAUUAUUUUACAUGAUUUUAUUUUUGAUAUAGCUUGUCAAUACUUAAGACCAUAAGGGCCAAUAAAAAUAAUUAACAAUUUUAGUUUUUGUAUUAGGAUAUGGAGACUUUUUCCUAAUUGAAUAACCAUAAUAUUUUUACAAUUCUGGUUUCUUUACUUCAUUAGCCUUAUUUGAAUUUUUGAAUGUUUAUAGAAUAGUGGUUACCUUGAUCAUAUCAUGCAUACUAGCAGAAAUUAAAAAUAAGCAAAAAAUUAGAAAUUAUUAACUAAGAAAUUUGAAUCUAGGAACCAUUAAUGAACUAGUUUAAGAACAUUAGGAAUUUCUUUAAACUCAAAAUUCUAAGAGAUAAAAGAUAUUAAAUGGAUUUCUAAUGGUGGCAUUGACUUUAUAUUCGUUGACUAUCUUUGUUGAUUACCAGGCACUAUUUUUGAAAGCUGUUAAUUUCAUAUAAGAAAGAAGGUAGUAGGAUUUGUGA